UAACAUGUGUAGUUUAUUUUAAGUAUCCGGUGAGAGAUAAGUCAUACAUAUCGCUCUUGACGGGACAGUUAUAAUGGCGAUUAUUACAUUUCUUAUAGGUGUGUUGAUUCACUCGGUUCUGACAUCUGCCCAAUCGUGUGACAAUAUAGAUGACCAAGUGUGUCAAGGGUUCGCCGCCAAAACCAACGUAUGCACAGAUCCAUGUUUAUCCAAGCUAUGUCCUAGAACAUGUAACCUAUGCCCUCUGAAAUGUUACCAUUGUGACGGAGUUUCCUCGCCAUCUUUGUGCACCGCCACCCAGAUCUGUCCAAGCAAGAAUUAUUCCUGCAUUGUGACUGAGUCUCUGGGAUCUGAUUUCGCCAUCAACUACAGACAAGGUUGUGCCACUGCAGAGGUUUGUACACGGUUGUUUGGUUCUGGAGCUCCGACACUUAUUGGACGUAGCGCGUCAAAUCUUAAUGGCGAAUGUUGUGAUAACGAUCUCUGCAACAGCAUUAGUCCGGUAGGGAAACGACAAGUGGUCGAUCUACCAACUACAAUGCGUCCAAGAACGACAACCCCAACAUUUACAACUCCGACAUUUACAACUCCAACAUUUGCAACAUUCACAACCACACCCCCUAAGACACAAGCACCGCCCAUGAUGACGACAUCACCGCAACCUAUUCUGUCCUCCCAGUGCGAAGAUGUAGAUCAAGCUUCUUGCCAGCGCCUCGGCACAAUCAAGAAGGACAUGUGUAAUGACGAUUGCUUUGUACGGGCGUGUCCGAGAACAUGCGGGAAAUGCGCUGAGUGUUACUCAUGUCAACAUGUCUCAAGUCCUGCCAAUUGCACCAAGCACCUCGUGUGUGAACCAGGGGAGAAAUGCUACGUUUUGAAGACUUUGAGUUAUAGCGGUGAAGAAGGAUAUAAUCUAGGCUGCAUGCUUGAUAAUGUUUGUAAGAAGUUCAACAGCCAGGCUGGGAAUGUGUUUGGGAAGAGAAAUGACCCGGUGGAACUGUCUGUCGACGGCGACUGUUGUACCGGGGACCUAUGUAAUCACGUGGGACUCACACACGGGUCAACAGUCACUACUAUUUCGCCGCCUACAGGAGUUGGAUGCACAUACACAGCUGCCCUCCAUCAUUGUCCCACCAAUUUCCACUUGAUUGAUGGGAAAUGCAUGAUGAUCCCAUCGCGUCAAAUGUCGUAUAAGCAAGCCGAGAGUUAUUGUAGAAACCAUUGCUCUGUGCUGAUUGAAAAUUUCUCAGCCAAGGACACACCUGCGAUAGCAUACUUCAUUCAGACAACAUUAAGAGGACAGUCCAAUUACGUGUACAUUGGUGCUCAGGACGCAGACCAUGAUGGAGAUUACAAUUGGAAUCAGGCGGGAACGGUUGUUGCUCAUUCGUCAUCUCCAGUCAAUGGACACUACUGCCUCACGUAUUCAGCCAUAACAAAAGGAGUCCAUCCAGUCUCUUGCACAUCGUUCCACUACGUCCUUUGUCAAGCACAAAUGAAAUAAAUCGUAACUUCCAUGUAACUUCCAUCUAUGAAAGAGAAAUGACUUUCUCCAUUUUCAAAGAAAUACUUUGUAGGCUUGUAAAUAUCAAGUAAAAUUCAGAUAAAUAACUAACAGAAAUUAC